AUGAGCUCCCUCAAAUUCCUCGUCUCCUCUUUGGAGGCUAUCGCCGCUUCCAAAGAGGCUCAGAGGAACAAGCAACUUACCGAAUCCCUCCAAAAGACCCUCGCCGCCAUCAAGGAAAGCGACCCGAAUUUUCCGGAUCCCGAGAUCGUCUUCGCCCCUCUACAGCUGGCAACACGUACUGGCAACGUCCAGCUCAUCACCGGCGCACUCGACUGCAUCGGCAAGCUCAUAUCCUACUCGUAUUUCUCCGUCCCGAGCACACCGGAAGGCCAACAAGAUGCCCCUGCCGAUCGAGCUCCCCUCAUCGAGCGGGCAAUUGACACCAUCUGCGAUUGCUUCCAGGGCGAGACUACUGCUGUCGAGGUCCAGCUCCAGAUUGUCAAGUCACUCUUGGCAGCUGUUCUAAAUGACAAGAUUGUCGUCCAUGGCGCCGGCCUACUCAAGGCUGUCCGCCAAGUAUACAAUGUCUUCCUCCUUUCACGGAGCACUGCGAACCAGCAAAUGGCUCAGGGUACUCUGACCCAGAUGGUCGGCACUGUUUUCGAACGAGUCAAGACACGCUUACAUAUGAAGGAGUCUCGGGUCAACUUGGACAAGUUGAAGCACAGCUCGAGCAACGUCACCUUUGAGCAGGCCGAGUCGGUCAAUGGGGGGGCUGUCCCCGCCGGUAACGGUGACGGCGAGGAGGAACCAGAGGAAACCCUUACCCCAGCCGCCUCCGAGCAGGCACCGCCAGGGAGCGCAGAGAACGGCAACGGCAAGCUUACGCUGAAGGACCUGGAGCAUCGCAAGAGCUUCGACGACUCCCAUCUUGGCGAUGGGCCAACAAUGGUCACCGAGAUUAAGCCUGGAAGGAAGGCGGCACGAUCAGUAUCCGAGCAGUCCUCGCCCGAAUCAUCCUCAGAAGACAGUGCCGAGGCACUCGAUGCUGAGGACGAGGUAUACAUUAAGGAUGCCUACCUAGUGUUCAGGUCAUUCUGCAACCUUUCUACAAAGGUUUUGCCGCCAGAUCAGCUUUACGAUCCUCGUGGGCAACCAAUGCGCUCAAAGCUCAUUUCCCUUCACCUUAUUCACACACUCCUUAACAACAACAUUGCCGUCUUCACUUCUCCAUUGUGUACCAUCACCAACUCCAAGAGCAACGAGCCUACGACCUUUCUUCAAGCCAUCAAAUUCUAUCUGUGCCUUAGUAUAACGCGAAACGGAGCUAGCUCUGUUGACCGUGUGUUUGACGUCUGUUGCGAAAUCUUCUGGCUCAUGUUGAAGUACAUGAGGGAGUCCUUCAAGCUGGAAAUCGCAGUGUUCCUGAACGAAAUCUAUCUUGCCUUGUUGGCGAGGAGGACAGCUCCCAUUACGCAGAAGGUGUAUGUGGUUAACGUCUUGAACCGAUUUUGCGCAGACUCUAGGGCUUUGGUUGAGACAUAUCUCAACUACGACUGCGAGCGCAGCGUCGACAACAUCUUCCAGACCAUUAUUGAGGACCUUUCAAAGUUUUCAACGGCACCUGUGCCUGUAACACCUUUACAGGAGCAACAAUACGAAGAGAAGAGCUCCAAGAGCCCCGGUGGAGGCGAAUGGCAGCUCCGGCCCAUCUUGCCACCACCAUUGUCUGUAGCGCAGAUUGCGCCGCAUACGGAGCCCGAGCCUGAGAUUCCCAAGGAGUACGUGAUGAAGCGGGUGGCGUUGGACGCCCUGGUGGACUCGCUGAGGUCAAUGGUUGACUGGUCUGCCGCGGUGCGUGCAGACGCAAACGGAGUCAGGCCAGAUGGCGAUACCAGGACCUCCGAAGACAUUCGGCCGUCCAUUGACCCCAGCAUGAGUGACAACCCCUCCCGUUUUGAAACUCCGCUGCCCUCAACACCUGUCUUGGAAGACGACCCAGCUUUCCUGGAGAAGGCGAAGGCGAGGAAGACAGCCAUGAACAACGCAAUCAAGCAGUUCAACUUCAAGCCUAAAAGAGGAGUCAAGCUGUUGGUUCAGGAUGGUUUCAUUCCAAGUGAUAGCCCCGAAGACAUCGCCAAGUUCCUUCUCGCGGAAGAUCGUUUGGAUAAAGCUCAGAUCGGUGAAUACUUGGGUGAAGGUGAUCCGAAAAACAUUGAGAUCAUGCACGCUUUUGUCGACUCCAUGGACUUCACCAAGAAGCGAUUCGUUGAUGCGCUGCGCACAUUCCUACAGUCAUUCCGUCUUCCAGGAGAAGCGCAGAAGAUUGAUCGUUUCAUGCUUAAAUUCGCCAACAGAUAUGUGAUGGGCAAUCCUAAUGCAUUUGCCAAUGCCGACACCGCCUACGUCUUGGCAUACUCUGUCAUUAUGCUCAAUACUGAUUUGCACAGUAGCAAGAUUGCCAAGCGCAUGAGCAAGGAAGAGUUCAUCAAGAACAACCGCGGAAUCAACGAUAAUGCUGAUCUUCCGGACGAGUAUCUACUCGGCAUCUACGACGAAAUUGCCAGCAACGAAAUCGUUCUCAAGAGUGAACGUGAGGCCGCGGCGGCAGCCGGAAGCGUCCCGGCACCAUCAACCGGAAUUGCCGCUGGCCUAGGCCAGGCCCUUUCCAACAUGGGCCGAGAUCUCCAAAGAGAGGCUUACUUGCAGCAAUCUGAAGAAAUCUCUCUGCGUUCAGAACAGCUAUUCAAGACCCUGUACAAGAACCAGCGAAGAAAUGCGCAGCGAUCCGGCAUCAAGUUCAUCCCCGCCACGUCCUUCCAGCACAUCGGACCCAUGUUCGACGUGACAUGGAUGUCCUACUUUUCGGCGCUGUCGAGCCAAAUGCAAAAGACUCAUAAUCUCGAGAUCAACAAGCUGUGCCUCGAAGGAAUGAAGCUGGCAACCAAGAUUGCAUGCGUCUUUGAUCUGUCUACUCCCCGAGAAGCCUUCAUCUCCGCACUGAGGAAUACCACCAACCUCAACAACCCGCAGGAGAUGCUGGCCAAGAACGUCGAGGCACUCAAAGUGAUCCUCGAGCUUGGCCAGACCGAGGGCGACGUUCUUAGGUCGUCGUGGAAGGAUGUGCUCAUGUGCAUCAGCCAGCUUGACCGACUGCAGCUCAUCACUGGCGGUGUCGACGAGAGUGUUGUUCCAGACGUUUCCAAGGCCCGCUUCAUGCCACCUCAGAGAGAAAACACUAGUGAUUCCCGAUCAUCGGCACAAUCUAAGCGACGAGGCGGCCGUCGCAGGUCUGGAACUGGGCCCCAAGGAUUCUCGAGCGAGAUUGCUUUGGAAAGUCGGUCUGACGAGGUGAUCAAGGCGGUCGACAGGAUAUUUACAAACACUGGCAACCUUAAUGGAGAGGCCAUCGUGCACUUUGCUCGCGCUCUGACUGAAGUGAGCUGGGAUGAAAUCAAGGUCUCCGGAUCAAACGACUCCCCUCGCACAUACAGUCUGCAAAAGAUUGUCGAGAUUGCCUACUACAACAUGACGCGUGUGCGUUUCGAGUGGAGCAACAUCUGGGAUGUCUUUGGAAACCACUUCAACCGUGUGGGUUGCCACAACAACAUCACGAUCGUCUUCUUCGCCCUUGAUUCGCUUCGUCAGCUUUCGAUGCGUUUCAUGGAGCUCGAAGAGUUGGCCGGUUUCAAGUUCCAGAAAGAUUUCCUCAAGCCGUUCGAGCACGUUCUGGCGAACUCCCAGAACAUUGCCGUCAAGGAUAUGGUCCUUAGAUGCUUGAUUCAAAUGAUUCAAGCUAGGGGCGAUAAUAUUCGCUCAGGCUGGAGGACGAUGUUUGGCGUCUUUACCGUUGCCGCUCGUGAGACGAACGAGAGCAUCGUGAACCUCGCUUACGAAAACGUCACCCAGGUCUACAAGACCAAGUUCGGUGUGGUUAUCUCGCAAGGUGCAUUUACCGAUCUCAUUGUCUGUCUCACGGAAUUUUCCAAGAACAUGAAGUUCCAGAAGAAGAGUCUCCAGGCGCUCGAGAGCCUGAAGUCGAUCAUCCCACGCAUGCUCAAGACCCCAGAGUGCCCUCUAUCCCAGAAGGGCCAGGCCUCGUCUGGAGAGAACCACACCUCUGCAGCAGAUAAGCUACAAAGAUCACAGAACCGGACGUCGGUGGAGGAAGGCUAUUGGUUCCCAGUCCUGUUUGCUUUCCACGACGUGUUAAUGACGGGCGAGGAUCUUGAGGUGCGAUCCAACGCCCUCGAAUACUUCUUUGAGGCUCUGCUCCGAUAUGGUGGCGAGUUCCCGCCCGACUUUUGGGACAUUCUCUGGCGCCAGCAGCUGUAUCCUAUUUUCAUGGUGUUGCGAUCGAGGCCAGACUUGAAUAAUGCGCUGAACCACGAGGAGCUGUCCGUGUGGUUGUCAACGACCAUGAUCCAGGCCCUGCGAAACAUGAUCACCCUUUUCACGCAUUAUUUCGCUGCUUUGGAGUACAUGCUCGACCGCUUCCUGGAGUUGCUGGCUCUUUGUAUCUGCCAAGAAAAUGACACGAUAUCUAGAAUCGGCAGCAAUUGUUUGCAGCAGCUCAUCCUCAAGAACGUCACCAAGUUUUCUGGCGACCACUGGUCCAAGAUCGUGGGUGCUUUCUGCGAGCUAUUUGCCCGCACAACCGCUCACCAACUUUUCUCGGCCACCACCAUUAACUCGACAGCCUCUAUCGACAUGCCGCCUAACGGCCUUGAUUUCGCCGGCCCUUUGAGCCCGACAACUGACGCCACCCCGGUCGACGAAGAUUCUUUGAAGAUCAACGGAUCUGAGAAGAACGGCGACAGUGCCGACUCCAACUCCAUAACGGCGCCUGUAGGAACAGUCGACGACGACGACCUGAAGACGCCGACAGCGACAGGCCCGGCCCACCCACCAGCGCCGCUGGAGGAGUUCAAGCCGACGUCGAACCUUCAACAACAGCCCGUUGUCGUCACUGCUGCCCGUCGCCGCUACUUCAACCGCAUCAUCUCUAGAUGCGUACUUCAGCUGCUCAUGAUUGAGACCGUCAACGAGCUCUUUAGCAACGACACAGUGUACUCUCAGAUCCCCACAGCUGAGCUUCUCAGGCUCAUGAGCUUGCUUAAGAAGUCAUACCUCUUCGCCCGAAAAUUCAACGCCGACAAGGAGUUACGAAUGCGUCUGUGGCGCGAGGGCUUCAUGAAGCAGGCUCCCAAUCUGCUCAAGCAGGAGAGCGGUGCCGCCGCUACUUACGUCUCCAUCCUCUUCCGCAUGUACGCAGACGACAGUGCCGAACGCGCGUCGGCACGCGAUGCCAUCGAGCAGGCCUUGAUUCCCCUUUGCAAGAGUAUCAUCAAGGACUUCGUCGGUCUCGAGGAGGACAGUCAGCACCGUAAUAUUGUUGCCUGGAGGCCCGUCGUUGUCGACGUUCUCGAGGGUUACGCCGCGUUCCCGGUGGAGGCAUUCUCGAAGAACAUCAAAGAGUUUUACCCCAUGGUCGUGGAGCUUCUCGGCAAGGACCUGACCUCAGACCUCCGGGCAGCCCUGCUCCUGGUGUUAAGGCGCGUCGGCGAGGUCGGUCUUGGAAUUGAAGGCAUGACCCGCAUCGGCAUUGAUCGCAGGGAUAGCAUCCUGAGCCACGCAACGGACAACACGGUCGACGGGCCCGAGGGCGAUGCAUCAGCUAGAAUGAGGCGUUAG